AUGAAGGAAGCCCACUGUGCUUGCCGCUUCCCCUGCACCUGCUACCUGCAGGAGCAGCGGUCUCUACUCAUUCCCACAUCUGCAGCGCUCAGCACGCUAGCUGACCCUUUGCGGGUGGUGGAGCGCCGGCUGAAGAAGGAGUGGAUCAAGGACAGGAGGGAGGAGGGAGAGGAGGCGGCAGCUGGAGCAGCGUGGGGCGGAGGCGGGCCGGUCAAGGAGUGUGAAGAGGACCAGUUCCGGUGCCGGAACGAGCGUUGCAUCCCCUCGGUGUGGAGAUGCGACGAAGACGACGACUGUUCGGACAACAGCGACGAGGACGACUGCCCCAAGAAGACCUGUGCGGACAGCGACUUCACCUGUGACAACGGCCACUGCAUCCCCGAGCGGUGGAAGUGUGACGGCGAGGAGGAGUGUCCCGAUGGCUCCGAUGAGUCCGAGGCCACUUGCACCAAGCAGGUGUGCCCUGCAGAGAAGCUGAGCUGUGGACCCGCAGGCCACAAGUGUGUGCCUGCAUCUUGGCGCUGUGACGGGGAGAAGGACUGCGAGGGUGGAGCGGACGAGGCUGGCUGUGCUACCUCAUCGGGUACCUGCCGCGGGGAUGAGUUCCAGUGUGGGGACGGGACUUGUGUUCUUGCCAUCAAGCGCUGCAACCAGGAACAGGACUGUCCAGACGGGAGUGACGAAGCUGGCUGUCUCCAGGAGUCAACUUGUGAGGGUCCCCGCAGAUUUCAAUGUAAGAGUGGCGAGUGCGUGGACGGCGGGAAAGUGUGUGAUGCUCAGAGGGACUGCCGGGACUGGUCGGAUGAGCUUCUGAAAGGGUGUGGGCUGAACGAGUGUCUGCACAACAAUGGCGGCUGUUCCCACAUCUGCACUGACCUCAAAAUCGGCUUUGAGUGCACAUGCCCAGCAGGCUUCCGGCUCCUGGACCAGAAGACCUGUGGCGACAUCGACGAGUGUGAAGACCCAGACGCCUGCAGCCAGAUCUGUGUCAAUUACAAGGGCUACUUUAAGUGUGAGUGCUACCCGGGCUACGAGAUGGACACGGUGACCAAGAACUGCAAGGCUGUUGCUGGCAAGAGCCCGUCCCUAAUCUUCACUAACCGGCACGAGGUGCGGAGGAUAGACCUGGUGAAGCGGGACUACUCACGUCUCAUCCCCAUGCUCAAGAAUGUUGUGGCGCUGGAUGUCGAAGUUGCCACCAAUCGCAUCUACUGGUGUGACCUCUCCUACCGCAAGAUCUAUAGCGCCUCCAUGGACAAGGCCAGCGACCAGGCAGAGCAGAAAGUCCUCAUUGACCAGCAGCUGCACUCGCCGGAGGGCCUGGCGGUGGACUGGGUCCACAAGCACAUCUACUGGACUGACUCGGGCAAUAAGACCAUCUCGGUGGCCACGGUCGACGGCAGACGCCGGUGCACUCUUUUCAGCCAGGACCUCAGUGAACCUCGGGCCAUCGCCGUUGACCCCUUGCGAGGGUUUAUGUAUUGGUCCGAUUGGGGGUACCAGGCCAAGAUCGAGAAGUCGGGGCUCAAUGGUGUGGACCGGCAAACACUGGUGUCAGACAACAUUGAAUGGCCCAACGGAAUCACACUGGAUUUGCUGAACCAGCGCCUGUACUGGGUGGACUCCAAGCUGCACCAGCUGUCCAGCAUUGACUUCAGUGGAGGGAACAGGAAGAUGCUGAUUUUUUCCACUGACUUCCUGAGCCACCCUUUUGGGAUCGCUGUGUUUGAGGACAAGGUUUUCUGGACAGACCUGGAGAAUGAGGCCAUUUUCAGUGCAAAUCGGCUCAAUGGCCUGGAAAUCUCCAUCCUGGCUGAGAAUCUCAAUAACCCACAUGACAUUGUCAUCUUCCAUGAGCUGAAGCAGCCAAAAGCUGCAGAUGCUUGCGAGCUGAGUGCCCAACCCAAUGGAGGCUGUGAGUACCUGUGCCUUCCUGCUCCUCAGACCUCCAGCCACUCUCCCAAGUACACGUGUGCCUGUCCUGACACCAUGUGGCUGGGCCCAGACAUGAAGAGGUGCUACAGAGCACCUCAAUCUACCUCAACUACGACGUUAGCCUCUACCAUGAUGAGGACAGUAGCUGCUACCACAAGAGCCCCUGGGACCACCAUCCACAGCCCCGCCUACCAGAACCACAGCACAGAGACACCAAGCUUGGCAACUGCGGUCUCCAGCUCAGCUAGUGUCCCCAGAGCUCCCAGCCUCAGCCCAUCUACCCAGAGGCCUGCAACCAGCAACCACUCCCAGCACUACGGAAAUGAAGAUGGCAAGAUGGGCUCAACGGUCACUGCUGCAGUCAUUGGGAUCGUCGUGCCCAUCGCGGUAAUAGCCCUGCUGUGCAUGAGCGGCUACCUGAUCUGGAGAAACUGGAAGCGGAAGAACACCAAGAGUAUGAAUUUUGACAACCCAGUGUACAGGAAAACAACAGAAGAAGAGGACGAAGAUGAGCUCCAUAUAGGGAGGACUGCUCAGAUUGGCCAUGUCUAUCCUGCAGCAAUCAGCAGCUUUGAUCGCCCACUGUGGGCAGAGCCCUGUCUUGGGGAGACCAGAGAACUGGAAGACCCAACCCCUGCCCUCAAGGAGCUUUUUGUCUUGCCGGGGGAACCAAGGUCACAGCUGCACCAACUCCCGAAGAACCCUCUUUCCGAGCUGCCUGUCGUCAAGUGCAAGGUAGGGCAGUGCCACUCUGAGUCUGAGGGGCUGGUGAGUGAGGGCAUGAGCCCAGGUAGGUGCAGCGCAUCCCAAAAGGCUUUCUGGUCUUGGAAGGCUGCAAAUUUAAGCUGGGUGCUGGGGCAAAGUGGAAAUGUGGGUGAGUCGCAGACCAAGAAAAUGGCAGGUAGAAGAGAGUGAUCGAGUGUGGGACAGGGCAGACGGAAUUGCUGCUGAAG